UCUUUAAAAAGCAAGCAAUCUGACCGUCCAUUUCCACUGUCCAAAGCCCAGAAACACCGUGCAACCAUCUCAUUCCAUCGCCCAAACCUUCCCAAGAAGAGAAAUAAAAAAUGGCAGGAGCACGAAAGAUCGGUGUCGCUCUCGACUUCUCUCAGAGCAGCAAGCUGGCCCUCAAGUGGGCCAUUGACAAUCUGAUCGACAACCACGAUACUCUGGUUGUUCUUCACGUAAAGCCCAAGAAAGGUGAUGAUAGCAAGCAUCAGCUAUGGUCGAAAUCUGGGUCACCUCUGAUACCAUUAACGGAAUUUCGAGAGCCUGAGUUGAUGAAACAGUACGAUGUGAAAGCAGAUAUCGAUGUUUUGGAUAUGCUGGAUACUAUUUCUAGACAAAAACAGGUGACUAUCGUGACAAAGCUGUAUUGGGGAGAUGCAAGGGAAAAGCUGUUAGAUGCAGUUGAGGAAAUGAAGCUUGAUUCUUUAGUGAUGGGAAGUAGAGGACUUGGGCAAAUCCAGAGGAUUUUCAUGGGGAGCGUCACAAACUUCAUUAUAUCGCAUGCGCCCUGUCCCGUGACGGUCGUCAAAGAGCCAAACUCCAAGCAUUGAUCAGAACCGUUGGAUUUGGAUCUUAAAAGGAGUGGGAUUACUGGAUGUGCUCGAGAUAGUCUCGGUUCUCUAAUUUCCUCUAGUAUGGCAUUGUAUUUUCUCAUAAACAUAUGAUUAUUUUUCUUGUAUUUUUCUUUCUCAUGAACACCUCUUUGAUCUAGUGUCAUGUUGCAAUGAUUAAAACCGUUCAUAUGACGAGCCUUGUUGUAGGUGGGGUACUGUAAAAAAAUAAUAAAAAUAAGAAUUUUAUCGACGGUGUGCCAAACAGAAGU